UGUAGUCACAGAAGAUAAACAUGACUACGGAGAAAUCCAAGAAUGUGUUAAAUUAUCCACCCGGCCGCUGAGGUCAUGAAAUGGUACGGGAAUUUCUUCAGGAAUUUGCACACACACACACACACACACACAUGUUAGAAGGAGUUCUGGAGUCCAGCGGGGUUUAAAAGUGUGAGAGGAUGAACCAAGAAUCAGAGAAACACUGCAGGUCUAGAAGUUGAACCUCUGCUUCAGAUUCAAGCUAAAAUGAUUGGUGCUGUGGUUUCAGUGAUUUCAGUGUUCUGGACGCUCCUGCUCCCUCUGCUGGUUGGAAGUACUCCUAUUUCUCAGGAGCUUUUUCCGACAGACUGCUCUGAUGUAUACGCUAACGGACAAACACUCAGUGGCGUGUACACAAUCUACCCUACAGCGGACACACCUGUCCAGGUGUACUGCGACAUGGGAUGUUUGGAAAGCAAAACAGAGGAUGGAAACUGGACGGUGUUUCAGAGGAGAAUGGAUGGCAGUGUGAAUUUCUACAGACCAUGGGGACACUACAAGAAAGGGUUUGGGAACAAGUACGGAGAAUACUGGCUAGGAUUGGAGAAUCUCUACCAGCUCACACGGAACAGGAAAUACGAGCUGAGGGUGGACCUGCAGGACUUUGAUGGAGUUUCAGUUUACGCUCAGUAUUCGUAUUUCUCUGUCGAAUCCGAAGCUGAAGGCUACAAACUCCACGUUAGCGGUUUUAUCAAUGGAGGCGCAGGUGAUUCUCUGGAGUUCAUCAAUGGUCAGAAAUUCUCCACCUUUGAUAAAGACCAGGACUUGAAUGAGGAGGGAAACUGCGCUAAAUCCUACCUUGGGGCUUUUUGGUACAACAAGUGCCACCAUGCUAACCCUAACGGGAUAUACCUGUGGGGACGUGACGCUACUCACUUUGCCAUUGGAAAUGUGUGGCAUCAUUGGAAAGGCUACGAUUAUGGUUUGAAGUUCAUCACUAUGAAGAUCAGACCUGUGUCGUAGACUCUUGCGCCCACGUGACACAACGAUGAGUUUGAUAGAGUCUGAUACUGUCUUGUCAUCUGUCGUGAUAAAAUAUUGUCACUGUAUUUUUUUUACCAUAUGAUUUUGCAGAAUUAUAUAAAUUAAAUAUAUAUAUAUAUAUAUAUAUAUAUAUAUAUAUAUA